AUGGCGCGGUGGUUGUCAUUCUUUGCAGAAUACAACCUUACGGUCGAGUACAAACCAGGACGACUUAAUGUCGUCGCUGAUGCACUCUCACGUCGUCCCGACUUUGAACCAGUCGCGAAACCCAACAGUGAGACAGUCACUGUUGCGGUUAUGACGUCCUCAGUCCCAUCUACAACGUUGUAUGAUGAUGUGAGGCGGGCAUACGCCCAAGAUGCCGUUUCUGGUGACACACCACGUGUUGUCAUUCCAGACGAUACUGAUCUGCGUUUGCAGAUCAUGUUCGAGUAUCACGAUGCUCCUAUAGGAGGACAUCGUGGCCGGGAGAAAACAUAUCUCACGGUGAGUCGAGACUUUUACUGGCCCCGCCAGUAUCAGUUUGUGCGAAAGUAUGUUCGCGCAUGCGAAGUCUGCCAACGAGUGAAGUCACGUCCUUCACUGCGUGCACCUUUACAGCCUCUACCGGUUCCGGCUGAGUGCUGGGAAUCCAUCUCAAUGGAUUUCGUCUUCGGGUUACCCAAAGACGCACGCGGGAAUACGGGUAUUCUCGUAUUUGUUGACAGAUUCAGCAAAAUGGUACACCUUGUGGCUGUACCAGAGACAAUCACGGCAAGUGGCUGUGCUUGUGUCUUUAUUGACACCAUCUUCCGACUUCAUGGGUUGCCCCGUGAACUCGUAUCAGACAGAGAUCCACGAUUCACUGCUGAGUUCUGGCGUUCAGUGUUCAAAUCACUCGGGACGCGCUUGAAGAUGUCGACAUCUGAUCAUCCAGAGUCAGAUGGUCAGACGGAACGUGCCGAACGUGUCCUUGAAGAGAUGCUUUGA